AUGAGGGAAAACAUCCAGGGACUCAAAGUCGACGACUCGGUGGAAGGAAUUCACAGUACUCCAUUCCUUACCCUUACUGUUCCAGCCCCUGAUCACCCUCCGAGCCAUCAAAGACAACCGUCUUAUCCGUCUGUUCUUCGCGAAAGCAUUUCUUCCUGGCUUGCACACAAUGAUCACUAUUGUCUCGGACGGAUAUGGCGGGCAUUUUACGUCGAAGAAGUCAAGUUAAAGAAGAAAACCAAGGCCGAUCCUCGUUUCCGCGUCGAGUUCUUUGCUGUUGAUGGUGAUGAUUUCGAUCAUAGAUACCGGGUGCCCCCUGUGAUAGCCCCUCAUGGACAGCACAGCGACAGCCACACUCCGAUGAGUGUGGAAGCUUUGCUAGAGUGGCAUAUGCCCAAGUCUGAGAAUGGGAAUCAAAGUAACUGCAAACUCUUCCAGCGUAAUUCCCUGGGUCUAUCGAAGACAUUCACCACGGCUGUCUUGAAGCCGAGCCAGGUGUUCCGUCUGAAAGAUGAGCCAGGCCGACCUGUCAUGAAUGACGGAUGUGCCUUGAUGUCAAGGCCACUUGCGAACCAAAUCUGUGAUCAGCUGGGGAUAACCACCGCAACCCCUAGUUGCUUCCAGGGACGAAUCGCAGGCGCCAAGGGGCUUUGGAUGGUCGACAGCCACUCUAGUACUAAUACUACUAUGAACAACGAUGACAUCUGGAUUCAAAUCUCCGAUUCCCAGUUGAAAAUCCACCCGCAUCCACAGGAAUGGACUGGCCCGGUCGAUAACGACAAGCUGACGUUCGAAGUCGUCAAUUGGGCUAAGCCACUGCAUCCCGUGGAUCUGAAUAUCCAGCUUCUUGCGAUCCUGGAAUACGGAGCGGGCGUGAAGGAUUACAUUGCGAAGCUUACUCGCGAUGGUGUGCAGAGUCUCUACGAUGACUUCCUCGAGGUCCUGCGUUCCAACAGCCCAGUGGUCUGUCGCGCUCUGAUACAGAAGCUUAGACCAUCAGGCGAAGAUGGUACUGGCCGAGCAAGACGAUUGGAGCAGUGGGUGAUGAACGAUGCGGAGUCGAUCAUUCGUUUCUCGGAGACUGGGUUUGCCCCAAGGGACUUCGGCAAUCCCUAUGGGAUUCUAGAGCCGGAUGAAGUCCACUUCGGCUUCUCCAAUAACUGGCGCGACCCCCAGGGCCAAUUCGAAGACAACUUGCUUGACGGAAUCGAUGUUCUUGUAGGCCGACUCCCGGCACAUGUGCCUUCGGAUAUUCAACGGCGUCGGGCAGUAUGGAAGAACGAGCUACGACAUUUCAAAGAUGUUAUUGUGUUUCCGACGAAAGGAGAUUUCCCACUGGCUGGCAUGCUGUCUGGUGGAGACUACGACGGUGAUACGCCAUGGAUUUGCUGGGAUUCAAAUAUUGUACAGAAGUUCCGCAACUCGCCCAUGCCACCGCAGGAGUAUCCUCCGGAGCAUUACGGACUCACAAAGCACUCUGUUCCUAUGGAAUCGCUGGCGUCGACGGGGGACUUUUUGGAGAGCUCUUUCUCUUUUAAUCUGACCAUCUCCCACCUGGGGAGAUGUACCGUGGAACACGAGAAACGGGCAUAUGACGAGUCUAUUGAUUCGCCGAAGGCCAAAGAGCUAGCUUGUCUGUUGAGCCAUCUGGUGGACAGUCGCAAAGGUGGUGUUCACCUCUCUGAGCAAGCCUGGAAGGAAUACCGGAAGACCAUAAGUCCCAAGCAACGCGAACUUCCCGCGUACCGCAACCCAGACCGCCAGUUCAAAGAGACGAAUAUUAUCGACUUCCUCAAGUUCAAGGUCGCCAGAUCAGAACUUUACAGGAUUCUCUCCGGUCUCAACGCAAGCUUUCCGGAACACGACGUCCAGAAUCAAAAGGACCCUGACCUUAUCCUCCCCUGGACAGAAGCCGUGGAAGCAUCAGAGAGCCUAUCUGAGCAUAGCGAAGAAUUAAAAGCUACGCUCGCCGAGGUCAAGUCUUCAAUAGACAAACUCAGCCGACAAUGGUACCACGGCCACUCUACUUCCACCGGGGACGAAUUCCUUGCCAUAUCACGCCAAGCAGCCGAGGGUGCGGCUGCGCUCCCUCCCCCGAAAACGGGGAGACAUCCGCUCAUUCACACUUGGCAAAACAGUCGCAAUGAAUGGCGUCGCUUGUUGGCGUCGUAUGCAUAUUGGCAAUACCCACGCUCGCGAUUCAUCCUCCACGCCUUCGGUGAGACAUUGUGCCAAAUCAAGGCGUCUGUGUCGGCAUCCCGUCUGGCCACUAAUGAAGUGAUCGCUUGCUACCGCGUGAAUCAGAAAACGGUGGCACAUCUCACGGCGAAUGAAUUGCCGGUGGAUGAGGUCGAUGAUGAAGAUGAAUAUGAAGAUGCUGAUUCGAUUGCGGCCAUGCUAUCCUUUUAG